AUGGAACCCCUUAAGAACCAGACCCUUGUUCCUCCCACAUUCAUCCUGACAGGCAUCCCAGGGUUAGAAGCGAGAAGCAUCUGGGUCACCAUCCUUUUCUGCUCCCUGUAUGUUGUGGCAAUUUUGGGAAAUAGCAUCAUUCUCCUUGUGGUUGUGAAGGAUCAGAGUCUGCACAAACCCAUGUACCUUUUCCUCUCCAUGCUGGCUCUGAGUGAGGUGGGGAUCUCUCUCUCUUCUGUUCCUACUGUGCUGAGCGUCUUCCUGUUUGAUGUCCGGGAGAUUGGGAUGGAUGCCUGUCUCGCCCAGAUGUUCUUCAUCCACUCCUUUUCCAUCAUGGACUCAGGAGUCCUCUGGGCCAUGGCCUUUGACCGCUUCGUAGCCAUCUACAACCCACUCCAAUAUGCCACCAUUCUGACCAGUUCCAGGAUCGCCAUGAUAGGCUUGGGGAUUGCUCUGAGGAGUAUCAUCCUAAUGAUCCCAUUGCCUGUUCUCCUGCGGGGGCUGCCAUUUUGCAGGCCCAACAUUCUCGCUCAUCCCUACUGUUUACAUUCCAAUUUAAUCCGCCUGCCAUGUGCUGAUGUCACGGUUAACAGCCGGUGUGGUUUGUUUGUAGUACUGUCUACUUUUGGACUGGACUCAUUAUCUAUUGUCCUCUCCUACAUAAUGAUUCUCAAGACGGUGCUGAACAUGGCUUCGAAAGAAGGGCGCCUGAAGGCCCUCAACACCUGCGUCUCCCACAUCUGUGCUGUGGUGGUGUAUUACAUCCCAAUGAUCGGCGUAUCCAUGGCACAUCGUUUUGGCACGCACGCUUCUCCUCUUCUGCACUCCCUCAUGGCCAACAUCUACCUCCUGGUUCCUCCAUUACUGAAUCCCAUCAUCUACAGCAUCAAGACCAAAGAGAUUCGCAAAGCCCUCAGGAAGCUUUUUCUCACAAAAAUUAUUAGUAAUGGAUAA